AAUGAAGAGGUGGAAAAAAAUCGCCAUCUCUCUUGCUUAUACACUAACUUGUCCCCUGUUAUUAGCAUCCUGGUUCACUAUUCUCGUGCUCGGGCCGGGGUGAUGGAGACUGAGAGUUGUCUGUCUUUCUCCUCGCCUUCAAACAGGAUCACGCCAGAGAAUUCACCGGGUUUGGAGCAUAAUUCUGGCGCGUUCUUUCAGUGUGACGACCACCAAAAGUCUCCGCACCUUCCUCUAGCGCAUCGACAUGAGUUUUUUAUGGGACGCUACACAGACGGCGGCUCCGCGGACUUUACGCACGGCGUCAGCGCAACAACUCCCCGCGCAUCGCCUGGAAAACAUACGAAGUAUUUGGAGAAUAUGAACCAGGACCAAAAACCUUCGAUCACUGAGAAGAACUCGUCAUUUUAUGAGACUAAUUCUGACGGAGAUAAGACCAUACCCAAGACUCUUGCAUAUCCUGCUCUAGACUCGGAGUGUUGUGGAAAACUGAAAGAGCCGUCCAACGGGUUGCCUGGAGACUCCAUCGCUGACUCCAUCGACCUGUCAGGCAAGAACAAGAAGCGGAGGAACCGGACAACCUUCAGCACCUUUCAGCUAGAGGAGCUGGAGAAGGUCUUUCAGAAGACACAUUACCCAGAUGUGUAUGCACGGGAACAGCUGGCACUGAGGACGGAGCUCACGGAGGCAAGAGUGCAGGUGUGGUUCCAAAACAGACGGGCCAAAUGGAGGAAAAGAGAGCGUUACGGGAAGAUGCAAGAGGUGCGAAACCACUUUGCUGCUACAUAUGAUAUCUCCCUUCUCCCUCGCUCCGACUCAUACCAGAUGCAAAAUAACCUGUGGCCAAGCAGUGCGGGAACAGGAGGUGCCGGCGGGGCGGCCAGUGGUUGUGUUCUGGGAGCAGAGAACAUGGCGUCGUCCUGUAUGAGCCCUUACCCCCAUCCUCACGGCAACCUGCCCGGGCUCAUGGGUAUGUCUGCGUCUCCAGGCCAUCCUCAUCAUCAUCAUCAUCAUCAUCACCCACCCCACCACCCUAGCAUUAAUGGGAUAUACUCACUCCAUGGCUUCCCAGGAAGCCUGGGGGCCCAUUCCUUUGAGCCCGGACCAGAGUCUGAAUACAAGCCCUCAGGCCUGGUGGCCCUGCGCAUGAAAACCAAAGACCCCGGGAGCCUGUUAUCCUGGCCGACAUGACCGUGCAGCUGCAACUGGGAUUGUGAUGACAUCACUGAGCCAGCAAACAGUUAGCAUGCCUGCACACAACUGAAAUACUUUUUUAAUGCUCAAUGUACACAUCUGUUUUUUGUUUUGUUUUUUUGUUUGCAGGCUUCGAGAUGUUUUCACUGCAAAGAUACAUUUGACGUUUUAAUUUUUUUUUUCUUGAUCUGUUUCCCUAUGGAAGCAUCUCAUUUGUUUGUGUGCUUGUUGAAAUUCUAUGAGCUUUGCACACAACUUGCCAAAAUAUAAAAUUACCAAAGAGGAUGUGCAACCUUUUUUAUUUAAGUAUGUUAAAGUUACUCUCAUAGUUUCAGUGUAUGCAGUGGUUUAGCCCCAUUAUGUAUAUAUGUAGUCCCAGUCAAUAAAUGAUUUUACAUUUUCUGA